GGGGCCAGCGCAGCAAAGCGACGAGCCAAAGCGGAGCCCCGAAAAUCCCAGGAAAGGGGCUUCGGAGAGAGGAGGCCCGCGGCAAGGGGGGGGUGCGAAGGGCUGGGUGCCCCCCCCUCCCCCGGGGAGCCCACGGCCGAGGCUGUGGUUGAGCGGCCGUCGCGGGGGGCCAUGUCCUCGCUGCUGUCCCUCCAGGAGGAGAACCGCAUCCUGCAGCAGGAGCUGUCGCGAGUCGAGGACUUGCUGGCUCAGAGCCGGGCCGAGCGCGAUGAGUUGGCCAUCAAGUACAACGCCAUCAGCGAGCGGCUGGAGCAAACCCUGCGGCUGGAGACGGGCGAGCGGGAAGCGGCGGAGAGCCGGAGCUUGGCGCAGCACAACAUCGAGCUGCGGCGGCUGCUGGAGGAGGAACAAGCCGCCUACAAGCGCAAGCUGCAGGCGUACCAGGAGGGCCAGCAGCGGCAAGCCCAGCUGGUGCAGAAGCUCCAAGCCAAGGUGUUGCAGUAUAAGAAGAAAUGCGGCGAAGUGGAGCAGCAGCUGCUGGAGAAGGCGACGGAGCUGGAGCAGGAGAGGCUGACGAGCCAGCUGGAUGCGAGCAGCUCGCUGCCAGAGGAAGAGAGCACCAAUGAGCUGGAGAAUGCCCUGAUCCGGCUGGAAGAGGAGCAGCAGAGGAGCAGCAGCCUGGUGCAGGUGAACUCGAUGCUGCGGGAGCAGCUGGAACAAGCCAACGUGGCCAACGCGGCGCUGAGCGAGGACAUCCGCAAGCUGACGGCCGACUGGGCGCGGGCGCGGGAUGAGCUGGAGCAGCGGGAGGCCGAGUGGAGGCGCGAGGAGGAGUCCUUCAACACCUACUUCAGCAACGAGCACAGCCGGCUCCUGACCCUCUGGAGACAAGUGGUGGCCUUCAGGCGUCACUUCGGGGAGAUAAAAGCCGCCACCGAGAGGGAUCUGGCGGAGCUGAGCCACGAAGCGUCGCGGACGGGCAGGGCCGCCCACGCCGCUUGCCUGCACUUGGCUGCCAACCUGCAGCUGGCCGAGGGCCGGGCGGGCGCAGCGCGGGAGGCGCAGGCGCUGCGGCUGCUGCAGCUGCAGGAGCAGCUGGCGGCGCGGGAGCGGGACGCCGACCUGGAGAAAGUCGCCCUCGGGGCCAGGCUGGCGGAGCUGGCGGCGGCCCUGGAGCGGCUGCGGGCUGAGGAUGGGGAGAAGGAGCAGGCGGUGGAGGCGCUGACCCUGCAGCUGCAGAGCCUGGAGGCCGCCCGCGCUCAGGGGCCGGCGGAGGUGGAGGCUCUGCGCUCCGAGGUGGAGCUGCUCCGGCAGACGCUGCAGGACGUCACCCAGGCGGUGCUGGCAGAUGACCCCGAGCACCCCCCGCCAUCCCCGCUGUGUCCCCCCGCGUCCCCUCGCCGCAGCCUCUCGCCCAGCGCCGCCGCCGCCGCCGUGCACGCUGCCCUGCGCCGCCGCCGCCUCCAGCUGCAGGACGCCCGGGGGCAGGCGGAGGCCAGCGAGAGGCGGCUGGGGACGCUGGAGCGGCGGCUGGAGGAGCUGAGCGCCGAGGCCGGGGGGUGCCGGCAGGCGCAGGAUGAGGCCCUGCGCGAGGUGACCCGCCUGCGCGCCGAGGCGGAGGCGCUGCGCAGGGAGCGGCUGCAGGCGGAGGAGGCGCUGGCGGGGGAGCAGCAGCGGGCGGGCGCCCUGCAGCAGGAGCGGGCGCAGCUGCAGCACCGGGGCGAGGGGAUGGAGGACGCCCGGGACGAGGCCGCCCGCGCCGCCGAGGCCGCCCGCCAGCAGCUGGAGCGCAGCCAGCAGCAGGUGGAGGAGCUGGAGGCGCAGCGGGCCGGGGCGCAGCGGGAGCUGCUGGAGGCGCGGGAGGCGCUGAGCCGGGCGCUGCUGGAGGCCGAGGUGGCGCGGGGCGAGCGGGAGGCGCUGGCCGAGGCGCUGGGCAAGGCGCAGGGCAGCUGCGGGGAGCUGGCGGCGGCGCAGCGGGCAGCGGCGGCGGAGGAGGCCCGGCUGCGGGACGCCCUGGCCAAGACGAGCGAGCUGGCGGCUGGGCUGGCGAGGGAGAAGACGGAGCUGAGCCGGAGCCUGGCCCGGCUGGAAGAGGAGCGGGAGAGCGGCCGGCUGCGGACGCGGGAGCUGGGGCGGGAGCUGGCGCUGCUGCGGGGGCGGCUGGAACGGGGGCGCCGGGCCGGGGCGGCCGAGCGGCUGGGGCUGGAGCGGGCGCGCAGGGCGGCCGAGGAGGGCUGCCGGGGGCUGCGGGCAGAGCUGCGGGCGCUGCGGGGCCAGCACCUCCGCCUGCGCCAGCACCUGGGCCAGGCGGUGCAGGAGCAGAGCGCGGCGGGCGAGGCGCUGGCGCAGGCGCGGGGGGAGCAGGAGCGGCUGCGGGGGGAGCUGCUGCGGCUGAGCCGGGCCCGCGAGGGGCUGGCCAAGGAGGGGGCCAGCCUGGCCGUCCAGCUCGCCGCUGCCCAGCGCCACGGCCAGGAUCAGGCCCAGGAGGCGGCCGGGCUCAGGACGGAGAAGGAGGGGCUGGAGAGCAGCAUCUUCCAGCUGCAGCAGCGGCUGGCGCAGCUCGACACCCGCAACCAGCAGCUGGAGGCCGAGGGCCGGAUCCUGCUCCAGGACAAGGAGGCGCUGGAGGCGGAGCUGGGCACCGCGCGGCUGGAGCGGGAGCAGGAGCUGCAGGCCCGGCGGCAGGCGGUGGCGGCGGCCGAGGCGGCGGCCUUGCAGAGCGCCCGCGCCACGCACCGCGACGAGCUCGACCGCCUCCAGCGUGAGAAGGAGGAGCUGGAGGCCGAGCGGGGCCGGCUGGCGCGGGAGCAGGAGGAGCUGACGGCCGAGCUGGCGGCGACGCAGCGGCAGCACGAGAGCGAGAAGCAGCAGGCGCUGGCGCUGCAGGAGGAGGAGCGGGCGGCGCUGGCGGAGACGCUGGGGGGGCUGCAGCGGAGCCUGGCCGAGGCCACGGCUGAGCUCGAGCAGCAGCGCCGAGAGGUCACCAGCCACCAGGAGAAGGAGCAGAGCCUGGCAGCGGAGCUGCGCAGCCUGCGGGUGCGAGCAGAGGAGACGGCAGCGGCCCACGAGCGGGAGGCGAAGACUCUUCGUGACCAAGCGACGGCGGCAGCCAAGCAGCGGGACGGUGCCCUGCGGGAGGCGGAGGAGGCGCGGGCGCAGCUGCGCCUGGUGGCGGAGGCGCGGGCGGCGGGGCGGCGGGAGCUGCUGGAGGCGCAGCGGGAGGCCCGGGAAAGCCGGGAGGGCCGGGAAGCGCAGCGGCGGCAGGCGCAGGAGGCACGCAGGGCCCUGGGCGACGAGGCGAGGGAGAAGGAGGCCCUGAGGCGCUCCAACGAGGAGCUGAGGGUGGCACUGCGGCGAGCCGAGGGCGAGCGCAUCAGGGAAUGGGGGGGGGAUGCCCCUCGUCCCCCCUCCCGCAGCCUGCAGCGUGCCAGCGAGGAGAAGGAGCAGCGGCUGGCACUGGUGGAGGACGGGCGGGCGGCGGCGGAGCGGGAGGUGACGGAGCUGCGGGCAACCCUGCGAGAGCUGGAGCGCGCCCGCCUCGACGCCCGCCGCGAGCUGCAGGAGCUGCGCCGGCAGGCAGGUGAAGGACCUGGACAGCGAGAACAGCAAGAGAAGCAAGGAGGUGGACGAGCUGCAGGCGCGCGUGGCCCUGGAGGAGCAGCGGGAGGAGGAGAGCCGCCGCGAAGCCUUCGGCCUCAGGCAGAAGGUGGUGGAGAGCGAGGCUGGCACGGAGGCUGCCAGGAAAGAGGUGCCGGGGGGUCCCCAGCGCCCCGUUGCCCUGGUGCCUCACAUUCCAAGCUCCAGCACCUGCAACAGCGACUCUCAGAGGCGGAGGGGGAAUUUCGGCAGCGGGAGAAGGACCUGGCCCGCAGCUUGGAGGAGGCUCGCGGCAACGAGAAGAAGCUGCUGGCCGAUGCCCGCAACCUGCAGCUGAAGGUGGAGGCGGCGCGGGGCGAAGCGGCCGAGCUGAGCCUGCGCCUGAGCGCGGCCGAGGGGCGGGCGCAGGGGCUGGAAGCCGAGCUGGCCCGCGGCGAGGCCCUGCGCCGGGCUGCCGAAACCCGCCUGGGAGGCAUCCAGUCCGCCCUGCGCCGUACCAUGGGCAUCGGCCGGGCACGGGCCGGCUCCCCGGGCAAGGGUGGGGGACCGGUGGGGUCGGGCAGCCCCAGCUCAUCCCCGGACGCCGAUGCAGCGGCCGAGCCCGAGGUGGUGCAGGCAGCCCUGCGGGAUUUCCUGCGCGAGCUGCAGGGCGUGCAGCGGGAGCGGGAGGAGCUGCGAGUGCAGGUGGGCAGCCUGGGCCGGCGGCUGGCGGAGGUGGAGGAAGAGCGUGACAGCGCUGGUGCCCGGGUGCAGCAGCUCCAGAAACUGGUGGCUGAGAGCGAGGAAGGGCGUCGCGGCGGGGAGCUGAGCAGCACCCAGGCCACGCUGCUGCUGCAGGAGGAGACGCUGCGGCGGGGCGAGCGGGAGCGGCGGGCGCUGCGGGACAAGGUGACGGCGCUGGAGCGGAGCCUGCGCGCCGCCGAGGGCCAGCGCCGAGCCGCCCAGGAGAGGAUGAGCGCGCUGCGAGGCGGCGAGGCCGAGCUGGAGGAUGCCAAGAGGCGGCUGGAGGCGGCGGAGAGCCGGAGCACCCGCCUGGAGCUGCAGCAGCGGGUGCUGGAGGGCGAGCUGCAACGGGCACGGCUGGCCCUGGGCGAGCGGCAAGCGGAGGCGCGGGCGACGCACGACCGCGCCGAGCUGCUCCAGGAACAGCUGGCGGAGAGCGAGCGGCGCGCCGGCGCUUUGCAGGCGGCGGUGGAGCGGCUGAGCGCGGCGGUGGCGGGGAGCGGCUCGAAGGGCGACGCGCCGGCCGGUGGCACCGCGGCCCACGAGCGGCUGCUGCAGCUCCAGAGCGCCCUGGCCGCCGGCGAGCUCGACCGCCGGGCGCUGCAGGAGGGGCUGGAGGUGGCGCGGCGGGCGCUGGCGGAGGCGCGGGAGGAGAAGGCAGCGCUGCGGGAGCAGCUGCGGGGGCUGCAGGAGGAGCGGGGGGCCCUGCAGCGGAGCAAGGAGGAGCUGGAGGCGCAGGUCCGGCAGCAGCAGGAGGCUCUGCGGCAGCGGCAGGAGGAUGUGGGGGGGCCGCAGGAGCCGGGGGGCAGCCCCCAGCGCGCCCUGACCCCCGCGCAGGGCGAGAAGCGGGAGGCCGAGCGCGUGGCCCUGCGCCUCGGGAAGGACGGGAGCGCCCUGAGGACGACCCUGGGCAAGGCGCAGGUGUCGGUGCUGGAGCGCCCGUCCCCGCCGAGCCCCGCGCCGUCCCCGGAGCUGCAGCGGGAGCUGAGCCGCCUGCGCAUCGCCCAGCUCCGAGCCCCGCAGGCGCUGGAGGAGCAGAUCGCGCUGCUGAAGGGGCAGGAGCUCCACCGGCACCCCGCCAGCACUUAGGGACCCUCCGCCACACCCGCAGAGACCGGCACAACUCGUCUCACGGGUGGGGGGGGGGGGAGGAGCCCUUCCCCAGCCCCGUGCUCAAAACACACAUCGAAUUUUGUCUCAUCAUUCCCUUUUCUCAAGCAAAAAGCCGCACUUUACCGCUGAGACGGUGAAACUCAUCUAUUUUUGAUACAGUUUGGGGCCCAACAGGUGUUUUUUCCCUUUUUCCUAUUGCAAUUUUUAACAAAAAUUUUGGAAAUACUCCUUUUUUUCAGUCCCUGGAGAACCCUGUUUCAGAACCAGCUAAGCCACCUGAUUUAUUUUCCCCCCUGAUAGAUGAUGCUUCACAAGCCCCAACGCUCACCAGAUCCUAACGUUUUCCCCUUUUUCUAACCUAAAACUACUCCAAGUUGUCGGGUUUGGGAUUUUUUUUUAGCAAAUAGGGAUUUUAUAUUACUAUUUUUGGAGUUCGAGGUUUUUACUGGUGCUACGGGGCAGCACGAGGUCAGGGGGGCUGAGCCAAGCUGAAAAAACCACCCGCAGCGAGGUGGUGGCUUCGAGCGCAGCCCUCACCUUGUCAGUCCUGGCACGAUUAAAUGUGGAUAAACCCAA